UCUCUCUCUCUCGCUCACCUUUUGCCCUCAAACAGAUUAAGUAUUGAGAAGUAUUAAGAUCUUCUUUUUCCGCCCAUCCCUGACCACCAUUCUUGAGCUACUUGGGCUAUAAACUAAACAAGCUAACAACCUAUUACGAUCUCUUAUUAAGCAUCACAUGGAUUUGGGAACUGGGGAUCCACUGUUACCAGAUCAAAACGGCCAACUUAAAAGACCACUACUACGUAAGGGAAAAGCUAUGCUGCAAAUAUCCCAGCGAACAACAAAGCUGAACAAAUGGGUGUUGAAUGAAAAGCAGAAACAAUUGGUAUCUAUAACUGGACUAGGAAAUCUUAUGCAUUGUACGGGAUUCAUUGUUGAUCGGUUUUUGCUCUCAGCAUUCUGUGAGUGGUGGAAUAGCAAAACUAACACUGCACACUUUCAUGGCUUCGAGAUGGCCCCAUCGCUUCGAGAUGUUUCUUACAUUCUAGGCAUCCCUGUCACUGGACAAGCAGUAACGGGAGAACCUCCUGGUCCCAAUGCGGCCAGAAGACUAUGCUUACAAUAUUUAGGGAAGGACCCUGGGGUGUGGAAUGGUAAAUAUGGCUUAAUUAGACUUACUUGGUUGUUCAAUGAAUUCCAUGAAUUACCUGAGAAUCCAACCAUCGACGAGAUUGAGUAUAGCACAAGAGCUUACCUGCUAUACUUGAUUGGAUCCACUUUGUUUACAAGUCUAACAAACGGAUUUGUUUCACCAAGGUAUUUGCCACUUUUGGGGGACAUUGAGAAUAUUCAUCGGUAUGCGUGGGGUGCUGCCGCAUUAGCUCAUUUGUAUCAAGGUUUAUCCACUGCAGUAAAUCCCGAUGCCACCAAGUUUUUAUCUGGCAGUGCUACAUUGCUUAUGUCUUGGAUAUAUGAGUAUUUACCAGUAACACGUCGCGAGGUGAAGAACCAAGACUUCUCUGCUUUUCCGCGUGCCUGCAGGUGGAAAUUUAGUAGGGGGAACUGUGGUGUAAGAAAGAGUGUUUCGGCUUUCAGAGGAGAUUUUAAUUUGCUUCAAUUAUCAGAGGUCAAUUGGACACCAUAUGAGGACAUGGAUCGCAGUAUUAUUCCGGAGUAUUGCCAUGCUUCUGAUAAUAUUUGCCAAACUCGGACAUGGCUUUUUAAUUUCAAUAUAAAAGAGAUAUAUGUUCCUGAAAGGUUUGCUCGACAAUUUGGGCAUGAGCAGCAAGAACUUGAUGAUGUGCCACAUUGGCAAAGAAGAACAACAAAUUCUUGGAUGGAUUGGAGAGUAGAAUAUGCUCAGGAAAUUGAAGAAUUUAAUCGAUUGUUCAAUAUUUAUCAUAAGGAGGUCAAUCCACCAUCAAGUAAUCAAGGAGCAAAAGAGUAUUCUCAUAUCAAUUAUAUGAUGAUGGUGAAAGCUCUGAAGAAUGACCUCCCAGUGAUUGCUAAAUAUCUUGAAGGGCAAGAAUUACCUAUUGAGGUUGGAAGAUCCCUUGAAAAGUUGAAUAGUCUGAUGAGUUUUCCGCUGCUGAAAUCCAUUUCGAGGACAAAACAAGUAACCAAGAAGCAGAAGAUGAGUAAACAAGAACAGUUCGAGGUGACUGAGAAGCAGAAAAUUAGGAAACAAGAACAAAUCGAUUCCACUAAAGUAUUGGAGUCGCCAAGAUGUUCAGAUAGAAAAGCAGCAACCAAUGUGCGAAGGAGCUCGGGCACAGUUGAAUCUAAGAAAAGAAAGUGGCGUGGUACGAAAUCUGAUCGGGUGAAGAUAGAGAGCAAUCGACUACGAAGGAGUGGUAGGAUGUGCGUGCAGAUUAAGAAGUUCAAGCACAAGGAUGGACAGGGAGCGGAUCCAUCCAAUCCAAUCUCACUCUGAUGUAGAGUGUCUUCUUAUAGGGAAAUCCUCAACCAACCCCCAUUUGAUUUAAUGUCUCUGCACUUUGCUAUUCCGUGGUUCCGUUUGUCGCACUUAACUAUAUCAUGGUUACUGUUUUACUAUGCUACAAGGACCUCUUAUUGAUGGUAGAUUAGAGAUGGCACUUGGGAUGAUAAACUAUAAAACUCAAUAUAUUCAUGUGGGCGCAAAAUAGAGCCAUGAUCUCUAUGUGCCUUUCAAACCCGCCAUUAGUGAGAGGUCUUUGCAGGCUAGUGAAGUGUAACAAAUGAAAUUACAGGUAGCGAAGUGCGAGUACUUUAAACAA